CAGAAACUAGAUAUUUCUCAACUGUUGGCUGCUCUGUCUGUUUGUGUUGAUUCAAAGGAACAUCGGGAUAAACUGAGUUGCUACACAUGAUCUGUAUACUGCUGGUGGCCGGACACGGCACCUUCUUAGAGACACAAAUUAAGAAUGAUGACACAGGCUUAUACAGCCACCUGACUGGGGUACCGAAGGCCUUGCUUCCUGGCACUGGAGGAAAGAAGAUCCUUGACUUUUGGUGGGAAACUGUCAACAUGCGGCAGUUGUUCACGGAGGUGUAUUUGGUCACUAAUGCAGACAAGUAUAAGUACUACGAGCGCUGGGCCACAGCCAAUGACUUCCCUGUGGAAAACGUGGUGAACGAUGGUAGCACAACGCUGGAGGACCGUCUGGGAGCCGUGGCCGACCUGGAGCUGGCCAUACGCAGCCGCAAGCUGCAGGACGACAUCAUGGUGAUUGCAGGUGACAUGCUGUGCGCAGACCAGAACUUUGAUAUCGCUCAAGUUAUCCGCUUCUUCAGGUCAAAGCCUGGAGAGUUGAUCAUUUACUACGAGCUGGAGGAAAGUGAGAAAAGCAGCUCCAGAGGCAUCGUGGAGGUGUGCCCUGACACCCACAGAAUAACUCGCUUCUUGGAGAAACCCCAGGACGGGCUGACAGCGUCGCGUCUGGCCAGCGUGGUGUUUUACUGCAUUCAGAGGGACACGCUGUCCUACCUGUCUGACUUCCUCAGCCUGCAGCCUCAAGCCACAGACAGGACCUUCGGACAGUUCUGGGAGUGGCUCAUCAAUGAAAAGCAACUCGACGUGUUCGGGAUGAAGCUUCCUACUGGUUUCCAGCUUAUUGGACAAGUGGGCCUGUCAGACUACACCAGGUGGCUCACCCACUACUCCACCAAGCAACAAGACAAUCCUGCUAAACCAAUCACAUGCAGGUCGUACGCCAGGGUUGGGUUAAUGGGCAAUCCCUCAGACGGCUUCAAUGGGAAAACCAUCGCCAUGAGCAUCUCCAACUUCUGGGCCGAGGUCACUCUAGUGGAGAGCCAGACUUUGGUUUUAGUCCCUCAUCCACUCAAUGAUCCCACGGAGUUUGGAAGUUUGCAGGAUCUGUUCUGCAUCAGCAGGAAGGAAGGGUACCUGGGAGGUCUGCGGCUGCUGCAGGCGACCUGCAAGAAGUUCUACCAGUUCUGCUCCAAACAAGGAAUUGCUCUGACAAAGCAGAACUUCACGCUGAAGUACGACACCAACAUUCCUCGGCAGGUGGGCCUGGCUGGAAGCAGUGCCAUAGUCUCAGCUACUCUGAAGUGUCUCAUGAAGUUCUACAACAUCACAGACAAUGAUCUUCCUAAACCCGUCCGAGCCAACUUCAUCCUCAACGUGGAGACGGAUGAACUUUUCAUUACUGCUGGUUUGCAGGACAGAGUUGUUCAGGUGUAUGAAGGUUUAAUCUACAUGGAUUUCAGUAAGAAGCUCAUGGAGGAGCAGGGCUAUGGGAAUUAUGUUUCCAUGGAGAUGAGUAACCUUCCACUGUUCUGGCUCGCCUACCUGAGCGACCCCAGUGACUCUGGACGGAUCCACAGCAACGUGCGACAGCGCUGGCUCAACGGGGAGCCUCUGGUCGUUGAUGCCAUGAAGUCUUUUGCUGAGCUAACUGAUCAAGCCAGGACAGCUCUGCAGCACAGAGACUGGAGCCGCCUGGCACAACUGAUGGACCAGAACUUUGAGCUGAGGAGGUCUGUCUACACUGACGACUGUCUGGGUCCUGGGAAUCUCAAGAUGGUUCAUCUGGCGAGGAAGUUUGGCUCAGCAGUGAAGUUGCCAGGCAGCGGGGGAGCUGUGGUGGGUCUCUGUCUGGACCAGGCGAGACUGGUGGAGAUGAGACAAGCUUUCCAGCAGGCAGGCUGUGUCUUCUGUGUCAUCGCACCAUACAACCCAUCUGCCAGCGCUGUUGGUGGCCAAGACUAACCUCAUACCAGCCCUCAAAGCCAACUCACGGCACAGUGUGGCCCUCAGUGUGCCUCGCAGAGUCCCAGUGUCAUUUCAUAGAGUUUAUUAUUAGUAAAAUUGCCAGAAAAGAUCAUGAUCAGUUCUGAAAUGAUCUGAACGCCAUAAAAGACCAUCAGGGUUUCUAUCAGGACUUUAAUAAUUGACUUGAUUUACUAAAUUGACCAAAUGAUAAUAGUUAAACACCAGGUCCCUAGAACAUCAGUGAAUCGCCAAGUUGCUGCAGUUUUGUUGCAAAUAAUCAUUAUAAUUAGGUGUGGUGAGUUGACGCUCUUGUGUCAAAUUUAUUAUGCACAACAAUGUAAAAAUGAUGUAAUUAUCUUUCUACGUGUGAUACAAUUGU